UUAGCAAUUCUGAUACAUCUUAAAGUUUCGGUAAGAAGGUUCAUAUUAGUCAUAUUUUGCUGACACUGUACUUGCUUUGACAUUUUCUUUUGAAAAUCUCUUUUUUAUGAUUGCCAUUGAAGUCCUUGUGUUAAAAAAGAGCAAGAAAAGCAAGUGAUAGGACAAUGAAAUGUUUUUGUUAUUUGAACUUCGUUUUACCCAGGAAAAAAUAUUAUCUCUAAAUUUAUGGCUAGAUUGUGCUGGACACAGGAAGUUGCUGUAAAAAAGUUCCUCGACCAGGAUUUCUCAGGUGCUGCUUUGGAUGAGUUUAAGAGGGAGGUUCGCAUAAUGCGUAGAUUACGCCAUCCGAAUGUUGUUCUUUUUAUGGGUGCUGUGACUCGUCCUCCAAACCUCUCUAUCAUCACUGAGUUUCUGCCAAGAGGAAGCUUAUAUCGAAUUAUUCAUCGCCCUCAUUGUCAAAUUGAUGAAAAACGUCGAAUCAAAAUGGCUCUUGAUGUGGCAAAGGGCAUGAAUUGUUUGCACACCAGCACACCAACAAUUGUUCACCGUGAUUUGAAGUCACCAAAUCUGUUGGUGGAUAAGAAUUGGAAUGUCAAGGUAGGUGAUUUUGGGUUGUCACGAUUGAAGCAUAACACAUUCUUGUCAUCCAAAUCAACAGCUGGAACGCCUGAAUGGAUGGCACCAGAGGUUCUCCGCAAUGAAAAUUCAAAUGAGAAGUGUGAUGUAUAUAGCUUUGGCGUUAUAUUGUGGGAACUUGCUACUCUAAGACUGCCUUGGAGCGGAAUGAAUCCAAUGCAAGUUGUGGGUGCAGUUGGCUUCCAAAAUCGUCGCCUUGAUAUCUCCAAAGAAAUUGAUCCCUUGGUGGCAAGGAUAAUUUGGGAAUGUUGGCAGACUGAUCCAAAUUUGCGUCCUUCAUUUGCACAACUCACAGUGGCUCUGAAGCCCUUGCAACGGCUGGUCAUCCCUUCGCAUAUAGACCAGCCAAACUCACCUCUACUACAAGAAAUCUCAGUAAAUUCUACACCUUGAAAUGUCUCUUUUCUUCGAUUGUCAGUAAAGAGACAUUAUGUUUGUCUAGUGGUAGAUGAGCUCCUUGUCAGGAGGAGGGGGACGUAGCUGGGGUCUGGCUAGGUGAAAAGAGUUGGGGAGGAGAGAGGGGUGGUUGAGAGAGAGAGAGCCCUCACUGGGCGGGGAUUGGUGGUUUGUUGGAUGAGAUGAUGACAGCAAAAGUAAAAGAUUUUGGGGACAAGUAAAGAAUUCAAUGUAUAUCUUUUGUACAGUGGGUGUGCAUAGUUUUCGUCUCCAAGAACGACAGUUUUGAGAUGUAUAUCUUGAAUGCCUGCCUUGGAAAAAAAUUGUAAAUUGUCGUUAAUGUGUAAAAUAUUUUUCUACAGUAAUUCGGUUAAAUGAGUGCCUUUAUCAUUGCUUAUACGUCAAAUUUUCUUGUGGAACCGGGCUUAUACGUCAAUUGAAAAUGAUUAGUAGUUGAGG